CAUCAACAAGUGUCUCGCGCACUGUCGGAAGCUUUUCAGUUGCAAAUACACGCGCACAGGCAGAAGCUUUUCGCUCUCCCAUUGGUCCAAACCUGGCUGACUGCACAAGAGCAGGGGAACUUUUGGAGUGAACAGGCAGAUGAGUUUAGUAUGUGAGCUGGCCGUCUGACAAGUGGUUUUCCGCUGAGAACAGUUUCAACAGCACUGAAGAAAGGCAGCUGCUGCGUUUAUAGGCCUAUUCACUGAAUUUUGAAUAUCUUCAGUUUAUUCAGUAUCACAGUAAUGGUUGCCACAAUCAGAUUUCUAAUUUAGGAAAAGUAUAAAUAACUGGUCGUCCGUUGCGGUCUGUUUUGUCUCCUGGGUGUGUUGGGAGUAAUUAGUUAAUUUGGAUCACCCGCGCUCCCGGUUAAACCUGUAGGGAAACCUGGCCACAAGUCGCCAGGUGGACGGCGACAAAAGGCUGCUGUGUGCUUCAGCUAUCCAACUCUUCUUUAACUCAUCUUGACUUUACUACAUUUGACCAACAUGUACAGCAUGAUGGAACACGAGCUGAAGCCGACCGGUCAGCCCCCUUCUCAUCAAACCUCCCAGGGAAUGUCACCAGUCACCGGCACCAUGACCGGUAACAUGGGCAGCAAUGGCAACUCUCACCCGAGCUCUAAAACGGCAUGUGCACCUGGAAGCGACCCUAUGGAUAAAGUCAAGCGACCCAUGAACGCUUUCAUGGUCUGGUCCAGGGGACAGAGGCGCAAAAUGGCUCAGGAAAACCCCAAAAUGCACAACUCUGAGAUCAGUAAGCGGCUGGGAGCUGAGUGGAAACUCCUGACCGACGCCGAGAAGCGGCCCUUCAUUGACGAGGCCAAACGGCUCCGGGCAGUCCACAUGAAGGAGUAUCCUGACUACAAGUACAAACCGCGCCGCAAGACAAAGCCCAUGCUUAAGAAGGACACUCAGGUGGGCAAGUACCCACUGUCUGCAGGGAACCUGCUGGCGGCGGCAGCGCAAGGCCAAGGUGGUAGUCCGAGGAUGGAGACCUACGGCUGGGGCCCCACCGGGGGGUACGCGGGCAUGCAGGGCGAGGCGCUCGGCUACACACAGCAACUACACCGGUAUGACUUGUCAGCUCUCCAGUACCCACCUACAAUGACGGCUGCACAGACGUACAUGAACGGAGCCAACUCGUACAGCCCAAUGUCAUACAGCAGCAGUCCCCAGCAGCCGAGCCCUGUCACCAUGUCCAUGGUGAAAGCAGAGCCAGUGUCCCACUCACCUCCAACAGGGACACCAAGCCACCACCGGGGGCCUUUGCAGGGCGACCUCAGGGACAUGAUCAGCAUGUACAUUCCUGGACCAGGAGGGGAUGCCAGUGACCCCACAACAGCACAGAGGGGCUACACCAGUGUCCAGCAGCAUUACCUCACAGGAACUGUCCCACUCACACACAUCUAGGACUGAAAUGGGAAUCAUGGGGGUGGGGGUUGAACUGAUUGGGAGAACCAGAAAUGCUCAUGAUACACAGCUGGCUGGACAAGAGAUGGAGUCUGGUGUGGGGGACUUUAGAUGGGCCAAGCAAAGAGACACAGGAUAUGAAGGGGAAAACUUUUUUCAUGCAUUCAGUAGUCUCUCAGUUCCAGAUGUGCCUAGAAUUAGACAAACAAGCGACGACUAAAUGUUUUUAUCACUGAAAAGCUGUUUGUUUUUUUUUUCGUUUUUUUUUUUUCUACCUCCUUUGGUGCCACACACCCAUGUACAGAGCUGAGACUCCUCCCUGCCCACCACCCUCCAAGCAGACUUCUCUCCAUGCAGUGAAGACAGGCAAUGCCUGCUUAUUUUGUACAUAUCACAAAGGUUACUUUGUCUUUUUAUAUUGUUAGAACUUAUCCAUAAUGAGUCAAUUCCUUAAUACCACCCAAAACAUUUGUGACACUGGCACACAUUACAGUUCCACCAUGCUCAGUCAGUGCAGAGGGACUGCUGUCCUGCUGUGCGAACAGAGUUGGAGAACAGCUGGGUGCCGGUGGGGAGAAUGGGAAGGAAAUGCACAACUUGAAUAACAGAGCUGUUUUUAAAAUGAACUCUUUGUGCCUUGGCUUUGGUUUAGUACUCUUAUAUUCUUAUAUUUUCACUAAUGAUAUCCUGUUGGACAACAUGGAAAACACCUGUUGGACAAUCAGCACUGCAUCCACAGGAAAUAAACCGAACACACUGGCUUCUAUAAUCUGUAAUGUUGUUUAGAAUGUAGAACCAGCUUGGGUCCAGAUUCAGUAGGUCAAAUGUCCCCAGAUCACACCAGAGUAUGAGAAGAUAUGUGAUACUGUUUUUGCUAUCUGUAUUUGUUUUAUUUGCUAUAAUUAGUUUUAGAUUUGACCUUUUUGAUCUAAAUGUUUGGAUGCAUUGUUCUGGCUGCAUCCUGGGUCGCUCUGUGUAUUCAUUGUCACUUUGCUCUAGGCAGGAUUUGUAUUGUUUUUAGGCUUCUCAUUAAGUAAAUGAAAUUGAAUAUGAAAUUCUACAUUUCAGUUGUUUUAUUUCAAAUAGCAGAUAAAGACUUGAAAGUUAUGUCUUCUACCAAGUACACUGGAUUGACAAAAGGCCUCCCUGGCAUAUUUGUUGUUUUUAAUGACAUGUCAUUUGUUUUUGUUUCACCUGUAAAGAGAAUGUAUCAAACUAAGUUUCAGACUAAAUCUCCAGCAAACCUUCCAUCUUGUUUCUAAACUUUACUGGUGGGUAAUUAUCAUUUUACAAAAUAAUAAAAAUGUGUUCUUAAUCCUGGUUCUUUCAAACUGA